GUCUUACGAAGCUCCACCUCCGUGACUCAACAGUGACAAACCAGUAAACAGUGUUAUUCUUCCUCACUAAAGAGGGACUCACAGAUUGAAACACAGACGAUCAGAUUCACCCUCAACUCUCCUCUUCCUCUGAGUUCAGCUACAGGAGAGAAAACUACAACCUGCUGACGCUCCACAUACUGAAUCCUCACUCAGAGACGUAAUGGAUUCAAGAUCAGAGGAGUAUCUCUGCUGUCCGGUCUGUCAUGACGUCUUUAGAGAUCCUGUUCUUCUGUCAUGUAGCCACAGCUUCUGUAAAGACUGUCUGAAGAGCUGGUGGGGAGAGAAACAAUCAAAGAAAGAAUGUCCAGUUUGUAAGAGAAAAUCUUCAAAGACAGAACCACCUUCAAACCUGGUGUUAAAGAACCUGUGUGAGGCCUUCUUGUUGGAGAGAGACCAGAGAUCUUCAGAGGCUCUCUGCAGUCUGCACUCGGAGAAACUCAAACUCUUCUGUCUGGACCAUCAGCAGCCAGUUUGUGUCGUCUGCAGAGAUUCAGAAAAACACACCAACCAUAGAUUCAAACCCAUCAAUGAAGCUGCACGACAACAGAAGAGGACACUUGAGGAAACUCUGGAGCCCUUAAAGGAGAAGUUAAAGGUUUAUGAACAAGUUAAAGUGAAGUUUAAUCAAACAGCAGAACACAUUAAGGUCCAGGCCCAACAGGCAGAGAGGCAGAUCAAGGAGCAGUUUAAGAAGCUUCACCUGUUUCUACAAGAGGAAGAGGAGGCCAGGCUGACUGCACUGAGGGAGGAAGAGGAGCAGAAGAGUAAGAUGAUGAAGGAGAAGAUGGACGCUCUGAGCAGAGAGAUAGCAGCUCUUUCAGACACAGUCAGAGCCACAGAGGAGGAGCUGAGAGCUGAAGACGUCUCAUUCCUGAGCAACUACAAGGCUGCAGUGGAAAGAGUCCAGCAGCGCCUCCUACUGGAGGAUCCACAGCUGCCCUCAGGAGAUCUGAUAGACGAGGCCAAACACCUGGGCAACCUGACCUUCAGCAUCUGGAACAAGAUGAAAGACAUGGUCUCCUACAGUCCUGUGAUUCUGGAUCCAAACACUGCUCAUCCAAACCUCAUCCUUUCUGAAGAUCUGACCUCUGUGAAACGAGGACACGGAUGCAAGCUUCCUGAAAAUCCAGAGAGGUUUGAUUUGUAUCCCGUUGUUCUGGGCUCUGAGGGCUUCAACUCAGGGACUCACAGCUGGGAUGUCGAGGUUGGAGACAGUAUUUCCUGGAGACUGGGCGUGUUAGCAGAGUCUGCACAGAGGAAGAGACUCAUACAGUCUGGAUUAUGGGUGAUAUGGUUUUGUGGAGGUAAAUACUCAGCGUGGUCGCCACCGGGUCCACCCACUGCUCUCCGAGUGCAGAAGAAGCUCCAGAGGAUCAGACUGAAUCUGGACUGGAACAGAGGAAAGUUGUCGUUCUCUGAUCCUGAUACUAACACACAAAUACACACCUUCACACACACUUUCACUGAGAGGAUGUUUCCUUACAUUAACAGCUGGGAUAAACUGAAGAUAUUACCACUGAAGGUCUGUGGUAAUAUGACUUUAUUUGCCUUCCAAGACUCUCAGUUUCAGUGAGCAUGAACGCUGUUGGAGGUGGAGCUGAAGACCAAUCAGAAAGCACCAAGACAAAGGACCACAGCUCUGCCCCGAACCACAAAGACACCUCGUACUGUUUUACAUAAAGGUCCAACUAUUUAAUCAAACUCCAUUUUGGUUUGAUUUCAGUUCUUCCAGCAAAGGUUUAAUGGAUCAAUAAUCUCACAUUCUGACUGCAGUUCAAUUAGGCUGCGUUCACACUGCAGGCACAAGUUUAUUCACAAAGAAUCUGAUCUUUGAAGUUCUGAUUUGGGCCACUUUAUCACUUUAUUAUGGUCCAAAUCAGAUGCAGGUCUUUUUUUUCUCCAUAUCAUAUCCAUAAUAUCCAUAUUAAUAUGACUUUUACGUCACUCUAGAUUUACAUUUGAUCCUGUUCACACUAGAAUCUGAUACUUCCUGAGGCUUGCAGUGUGAAAGUAGCCUUACAUUCAUUUCAGUUCCACUCGAUCAAUCCCAUCCUUUCAUGUAGAAGAAGCACUCAGAUCCUUAACUGGAGUAAAAGCACCAGUUCAAAAAUGUAAGAAAUCUCUGUUACAGGUGAAAGUACUUCAUUCAAAAUCCUACUGAAGUAUCACUGAUAGUUUAUCAGUAAAGUACUCAUUGUGCAGAAAAAUACAUUUCCUGUGAGUUUUAUGUAACAUAUGAUAUUAUUACUGAUGCAUAAGUGUGUAAGUUACUUUUUACUGCUGCAGCUGCUCCAGGUGGAGCUGGUUUUCACUACUUUUAUACAGUUAGUUAGCUAGUUCAGUGCAGUGGGGAGCCAAAUAGGACUUUUCUAAUAUAGUUUCAAAGCAAUAUUCUAACAGACACCAGUUUGUGAUAAUAACUCGGUAUGUUUUCCUCUGUUCUUAAUAAUAUGUACAUUUUAGUUUUUAUUACUGAGAAACAAGUGGGAUUAUUCCAGAUAACUCAGUAUACACUAUAAAUUCUACAAAUAGGCGUAGAACUAAUGUCUAAGAAUUAAUUUGGUUUAAAGAUAACAUGCAUCAUCUGGUAUUAAUAUGUGCUUAUGUUGUAUUUAUAAACAGUUAUUGGCCAAUAUUCAGUGUUUUCUCCCCACUCAGGAUGUAAAGAGGUCAAUAUUGGUCGGUCAAUCAAUCCGUCUUCCUGUCUGACUUCUGUCCAAAAUAUCAGAUGAUUGUUUCUGACCUUUUGUGUGGUCCCUACGUCAGGUCAACAUGUCCAUAAAAAUAACGUCCAGACUUCAUUAAAGUUCUCUGAAUAUGUCUUUUCCUCAGUACUCAAGCCUCUAUGUGCAUAAAAGAUAUAUAUCAAAACUUAA